AUGGACGUGGACGACGAUUGCGACUCUCUGUUCGGGUCUGGUGGCUCUGAUUGCGGGGACGCUGAGGCUGGUCAAUGCGGCACGGCUGACGAGCAGUCGCACGUUGCAAGUCGGCAAGCUCCUCCCAUCCCGGGACUCUUCUUCUUUCCUACGCUGCUUUCGCGCGAGGUGCACGAUCGUAUUCUGGCGCAGGUGUCGGAACGCGGAUACUUUAGCCUCGACGCUGAUGAAUACGAGCGCCUCCCUGGCGGAACGAAAUCGACCGGGCUCAGCAAUGGCAAGGACGGAUACGAUCGAUCGCCGCGGAAUCAGGCGAUGCUGUUCGCAAGGUCGCUGCCAUCCGAGGCUAGUGAUCAAGCGGAUGCGGACAACAAGACUAGCACUGGCUACGACGGCGCAACAGAUGAUCAAGACGCAGACGCACAAGCCUGCUCGGGCCUGCCGAGCUGGGCUGUCGAGCUGAUCCAGCACCUCCGGCAAAUGCUCUUGUCCCUGAGCGACUAUGAGCUGCCACUCGAGACCAAGCAGCUCGUCUUUCCUCCUGGCGGGCUAUUGUCGCGCCAGCUCAUUCUCAACCUGUAUCGGGGCGGCGAAGGACUGGCGUCGCACGUGGAUCUGGUGAAUCGCUUCGCCGACGGCAUCCUGCUGUGCUCGUUUGGGCCGAGCGGGUGUGGCACGGUGAUGGAGUUCACGCACGCGUCUGGGAAAGUGCAUCCGCUGUUCCUGCCUUCGGGGUCGGUGCUGCUACUGUCGCGCGAGGCUCGGUACGAGUGGAAGCAUGGCAUCCCGGCGCGCAGCAUCGACCUUGUGCGUUCGUCCGACGAUCCUGGCCACGUCGAAGCGAUCGCUCGGUCAAUCCGGCUGAGCAUCACGAUUCGCUCGAUGCUUCCGGGCGCCGACAUUGUAGGAGAAUGA